UUCUGCGCAUUUUGUGCACUGAUGUAUAGAUGCGGAUGUGUUGAUACCUCGCGCAGAUGAAACUAGUAAUCCUUAUGACAUCUUGCUUGGUGACUCUUGCUUGGUGAACUUGCGCAUGAGAUGCGCCAACUUGAUUUCCGUGAAUAUACCGUCAUUAUUCAUUCUCCAGACCCGAAGACUUCCCGCGCCUGUGCAUAAGAAUCCUUUCCCAACGCUCUACCAUUCCAAAAUGCCGAAAUCAAAGGAAGUGCUGUCAACCUCCUCUUCUGGUAGUGACUCUGACAGUGAAGUGGAGACAAAGGCCAAGAGGAAGAAGCCAACCCCACCAGAGAAGCCAGCAAAGAAACAGAAGUCUGGGGAGACUUCCAGGGCAGGCGGGUCCUCCAAAGGCAGCAACAAAGAUGAUAACAUGUUCCAAAUCGGGAAAAUGAGGUAUGUCAGUGUCCGUGACUUUAAAGGCAAGGUGCUGAUUGACAUUCGUGAGUAUUGGAUGGACCAGGAGGGAGAGAUGAAGCCAGGUAGAAAAGGCAUCUCUUUGAAUCCAGAACAGUGGAGCCAGCUGAAGCAGCAAAUCUCCGAGAUUGAUGAUGCCGUGAAGAGGAUAUAAGCUCCUCCUUGUUUAGAAGUUAAGCUUGCUUAGUGUUUUUAGAUUUACCAACUUUUACACUGGCAUAAAAAUGUUUUCUAAAGGAAAGAAUUCUUUUGUAAGCAACUAAGACUACAUUGUGUAUAUAUGCAGUUCAGUUGAAUUUUCUGCAUGUGAUGUGUGUAGUGGGUACAAAACCAUUGUUUUAUCAUGUUUGUGGAUGGCUCAAGCCUGUGUGAGGUGGAAAAAGGUGUGAGGUCUGAGUGAUUCGUUUUUUGUUCAUAGUAUUCAAUAAAGGCCAUAAAUGCUGAUUAAA